AGUCUUCCAGGGAGGCGGAGGAAAGAGGGCAGGCCCCAGGCGAGAAGGAGGGAGGGAAAGAAGCGAGAGGAGGAGUUUUCCAGCCCAGCCUUCGCCUGCUCACAGUGCAGCCCUGCGGUCUCCUUGGUCUCCUCGGUCUCCUCCCGCCCCCUGCAAGCGCGCUGCGCUGCCCAGCUGAGCGAGGCGUCGGCUCGCCAUGGGGAGCCCCGCACUCCGGCUCGCGCUGCUGCUGCCGCCUGUGCUGCUGCUGCUGCUGCUGAGUGUCCCGCUGAGCCGCGGCUUCCCAGGAUCGGGAGACUCACCGCUAGAAGACGAUGAAGUCUGGUAUUCACACCCUAGAUAUAAAGAUACCCCAUGGUGCUCCCCCAUCAAGGUGAAGUACGGGGAUGUGUAUUGCAGGGCACCUCAAGGAGGAUACUACAAAACAGCCCUGGGAACCAGGUGUGACAUUCGCUGCCGAAAGGGCUAUGAGCUGCAUGGCUCUUCCCAGCUGAUCUGCCAGUCAAACAAACGGUGGUCUGAUAAGGUCAUAUGUAAACAAAAGCGAUGUCCUACCCUUUCUAUGCCAGCAAAUGGAGGGUUUAAGUGUGUAGAUGGCGCCUACUUUAACUCCCGGUGUGAGUAUUAUUGUUCUCCAGGAUACACAUUGAAAGGGGAGCGGACAGUCACGUGUAUGGAUAACAAAGCCUGGAGCGGUAGACCAGCCACCUGUGUGGAUAUGGAACCUCCUAGAAUCAAGUGCCCAAGUGUGAAGGAACGCAUUGCGGAACCCAAUAAGCUGACAGUCCGGGUGUCCUGGGAGACCCCCGAAGGAAGAGACACUGCAGAUGGCAUUCUUACUGAUGUUAUUCUGAAAGGCCUUCCCCCAGGUUCGAAUUUUCCAGAAGGAGACCACAAGAUCCAGUAUACAGUCUAUGAUAGAGCUGAGAACAAGGGGACUUGCAAAUUUCUAGUUAAAGUAAGAGUCAGACGCUGCGGCAAACUUAAUGUCCCGGAGAAUGGUUACAUGAAGUGCUCCAGUGACGGCGAUAAUUACGGAGCCACCUGUGAAUUCUCCUGCAUUGGUGGCUACGAGCUCCAGGGUAGUCCUGCCCGAGUAUGUCAAUCCAACCUAGCUUGGUCUGGCACGGAGCCCACCUGUGCAGCCAUGAACGUCAAUGUGGGUGUCAGAACAGCAGCUGCACUUUUGGAUCAGUUUUAUGAGAAAAGGAGACUCCUCAUUGUGUCCACACCCACAGCCCGGAACCUCCUCUACCGGCUGCAGCUGGGAAUGCUGCAGCAAGCACAGUGUGGCCUGGAUCUUCGACACAUCACCGUGGUGGAGCUGGUGGGUGUGUUCCCGACUCUCAUCGGCAGGAUAGGAACAAAGAUUAUGCCUCCAGCCCUAGCUCUGCAGCUCAGGCUGCUGCUGCGAAUCCCACUCUACUCCUUCAGUAUGGUGCUAGUGGAUAAGCAUGGCAUGGACAAGGAGCGCUACGUAUCCCUGGUGAUGCCUGUGGCCCUCUUCAAUCUAGUUGACACUUUCCCCGUGAGAAAAGAGGAGAUGGUCUUGCAAGCCGAAAUGGGCCAAACCUGUAACACCUGAUGUGAUGGUAACACCUGAUGUGAUGGCUCCUCUCUUGACAGUUCUUCUUUUCCUACAUAGUGCCAUGCACAUGGGAAGGCCUUAAAAAUAUCCUUGAUGUACAGAUUUUUAUUUGUAAUUUUAAAAGUCUAUUUUAUUAUGAGCUUUCUUUGCACUUGAAAAUUAGCAUGGUGCUUUUUGUACUUUGAAGUGUUUCAAAAAAUAAUAUGAACAUAUUUACUCUUUCUCUCUUUACUCCAUCAUGGCUGAUUAAUUUUGUAGAGAAAUUAGAAACUACAAUCAUACACAUGCUUUCAACAUGUUAUUCAGUGUAACACAUAACUCUCUUCUAUUUUGUUGUUUAUGUGAAACUUUUAUUAAUAAAAUAUUUUGGAGCAAA